CCUGUAGGAAAGGGAUUGUGGGAAAGGCGUUAGCGGCUUGUUGGUGACCCAUGUGUCUUAGUUGCUGGGGUCGUUAACUUGGUGAGUGUUGGUGAGGGGGUUGCGGAAUUGUUUGUUUCAUGCCCACUAUGCAGUUAUUAAAACUGACUCAACCCAACGGGUUAACAAAGUGUAGAGCUGGAUGAACAUAGCAGGCCACAGUAGCAGAAAAGCUGACGUUUCGGGCCUAGACCACACUUUGUUAUCUCUUAUUGCUGCUUGGCUUGCCGUGUUCAUCCAACUCUACACUUUGUUAUCUCGGAUUCUUCAGCAUUUGCAGUUCCUGUUAUCUCUGAUACAGUUUCAACCCAACGGGUAACUAUUUUCUUGUCAGAUAUCCCAUUAAUUUUAACAUGUUUGUGGCAGCAAAAUCCUUUUUUAGGUUUUUGUGUUCUGGAAUUUGCUUGUUAUUGUGUUUUUUUUUGUCGAGUGGUGAUUGACUUCAAUGGACACCCCUAUUGAUGCGAACGAUGAAAUGGAUUGUGUCUCUCGAGUUUUGCGCUAUCGCCAACUAGCAUCACUUUCAAUCUGAGGCCUAACACGAUCCUUCUAAAACUUUGUGCUCUAUGCCCUGUUUCCAUGUGAUACAUUAUAUGUGCUUCUUGGCUUGAAACAUGCACAUCAGAGUGAAAAUUGCGCGAUUGACUUCAGUGAAGUUUGGAACUCUUUCACGGUGCAGGUUAGUGCUGCUUGUCACUCAAAGAUACAGAUUUCAGUUUUGGUGGAGUUUGCACAUUCAUCCCCUGCCUGUGUGGGUUUUUGCUGACUGCUCGGGUUUCCUGCCACAGUCAGGGGAGGUGUGGGUUAGAUGGAUUAACCACAGGAAAUGUAGGGCUGAUGGGGGAUGGGGAGCAGUGUAUGGCUGGGAUGCUCAUCAGAAGGUUGGUUGAGACUCAAUGGACAUUUUUUUUUCUCGCUUCACUGGGGUUCAGUGAUUUUUUUUUAAACUCCUGGAUUCUUCAGGGCUAAGAAGCUUGUUCGGGAAUACACGCAAUCAGUGGUGGAGUGAAUCAGGACUGAAACUAUGCCCAUUUUUUUCAGCCGUAAGUGUCUGAUUUUCUCAUGUUGAUUUGCGGAAUGAGCUUGUCACUGUGUGGUGAUGAACACUGGUUUAAUACGUUAGGAGCUGCAAUGCCUUCCUACACCUGCAUCACAUGUCGUGUGGCUUUUGGUGAUGCUGAGAUUCAGAGGUCACACUACAAAACAGACUGGCACAGAUAUAACCUGAAGCGUAAAGUAGCAGACAUGCCUCCAGUUACAGCUGAAAACUUCCAAGAGCGUGUAUUGUCCCUGAAAACAGCUGUAGAAGAGAAGAGCAAGGGGACUGCUGCACACUGCACAUCUUGUGGAAAAAGAUUUGCCACAUUCAAUGCCUAUGAUAACCAUUUAAAAUCCAAAAAACACAAGGAAGCAGAAAAGAAGUCCACGAGCAUUGCAAGUAAAGAGUUGGAAAGGCUCAAUGUGAAAAAUUUGGAGAAGGGGUUAAGCAAAGAACAAAUGGACAAUGAUGCCUUGAAUCUUGCCAUUCAGCAGGCUGUGAAGGCUCAGCUGUCUCCCUCGACGAGGAAAAGCACUGUUGUCCCAGUAACUGAAGACCCUGAGCCACAAGUCAUAGUUAAUAGCCAACAGAACAAGAAGAAGCCUGACAAACCACCUCGGUUACUCUGGUUAGAAUGGCAAGCAACAAAAUUAGAGCCGCUGGAGCACUUGGAGGAGGAAAUGUUGGAGGAUGACGAUGAUGGUGCAUGGGAUGACGUGGAUUCCCUCUGUGUCACAGAGGAACACUUUAAAAAUGAGGAGAGCCGAACUGAUAAGCUGAAUGAAGACUCACCAACUGGCAGUAUUCCAAUAACUGACUGCUUGUUUUGUUCACAUCACUCUCGAUCUUUAUUUAAAAAUAUUGAUCACAUGACAAAGACACACAGUUUUUUUAUUCCUGACGCUGAAUAUUUAGUGGAUCUAAAGGGUUUGAUGACUUACCUGGGUGACAAAGUUGGUAUAGGAAAUGUUUGCCUGUGGUGCAAUGAGAAAGGGCGGGCCUUUUACUCAACUGAAGCUGUCCAAGCUCAUAUGGUUGACAGCAGCCAUUGUAAACUGUUCACCGAUGGAGAAGCUGCGUUUGAGUUUGCAGACUUCUAUGACUUUAGGGAGAGUUACCCUGAUCACACAAAUGGAGCAGAUGUAUCGGCCAAGAAUUUGGAAUAUAAUGAGGAAACAAUGGAACUUGUGCUUCCGUCUGGUGCCAGAAUUGGUCAUCGAUCAUUGCUGAGAUAUUAUAAACAACAAUUUGGUACCUCUAGAGCAGUGGCUGAUACUGGGACUUGCAUCUUAGGCAGAGUGCUACAGCAGUACAAGACGUUAGGAUGGUCAAGUGACUUUGCAAAAGCAGUAUCUCUGAGAAAAGUGCGGGAUGUGCAAAGAAUGAAAUCCAAGUGGAUGUUGAAGACAGCAUUGUCCAACAAUGCGACAAAGCAGAUGCAUUUCCGAUCUCAAAUCCUAUUUUAGUAAUUGUCAACAGUCAAGAAGUACAAGUCAACUGUGGAGGAUAAUUGCAACUGUUUCUUUUUAUCUUUUUUCUGAUUUACUGAGAUUUUUGAUUUUACACCUGCCAUGUUUUUCAUAGGUUUACCUUUAAGUUAGAGCACUUAAGUAGUUUUCAUUAUUGAAAUCUUUGUUAAUACUUAUCCAACUGCAUUCUGAUACAAGUAUUGUGAAUUCUAUGCAUCUGUAUAAUUUUGAAUAGGUUGGCUAUAUGUACAAUCAAAUGAAGUUGCUGUAUUUUUAAAGAAAAAAAAUUACUAUUUCUCCA